AUGUCGAUGUCACGAGGGCUGCGUUUGAGACGCGGUGCCUCAGGCACAGCUGUAGCAGGCUUCGUGGCCCUGUGUGGCGUGCUCUCCCUACUUGGUCAUACCCGGCCCGGCUUUGUGUCUUCCGGCCAUGCGGAAGCCCCCAUCACCAGAGCGUCGCUGCAGACCUCACCCAGGCCUGCACACGCCUCUGCUGGGCUGCAAGCCGUCAAGGGACCGACAGUCGCCAGCAUCGCUCUGGCAAUGACAGGUGUGGCCCUGACGUUUGGGGCUCCCCGGAGGUCACGGUCGUCGCAAGAGCAAAGCUCUGCCGUGAUCAUGCAUGCUCGGUCAGCAAAGCCGACAACCCCAGCAGGUUCACCGAAGAACAAGCGAAGGAUCCGAGCGGGGCGGAUGCGACCGAUUUACAGAGGGCGCCAACUUGCGGUACGAGUCAAUCCGAAGACCAACAAGCCUGUUCGCUACAAGAUGCACGUGAUGCCUGGAGACACCGUGCAAGUCAUGAAGGGCAAGGAUCAAGGGAAGGUCACGGAAGUGCUCCGAAUCUACCCGAAAUGGAACAAGAUCCUGUGCCUGGGCGUCAACUACUGCAUCAAGCAUGUGCGGCCUCAGCGUGAAGACGAAGUCGGGCAACGCGUGCAGGUCGAGGCCCCAAUGCAUUCCUCCUGGGUCAUGCACUACGAUGAGGAGGAAGAGGUUGCAGGUCUUCUGGGCGUUCGCUUCAACAAGAAGACCUUGAAAAAUGGGUCCGAAAUCGUGAAGAAAGUUCGGUACAACAAGUCAACCGGCAAUGAGAUUCCAGUCAGGGCACCUUCCAAGUGGAUUCCAGUCCUGGAUCGUGUGGAGGAUGAGGACUGA